GUGGCGAGCAGGGUCACUUAAGUCGCAAAUGUCGCAAAAAUGAUCAAGAUCAUGUGCGCGCCUCGCAAGCGAAAUCUACACACUGUGUAUUGACUGAUGAGUCUGUCAGAGUAUCAGAGCCUAGUCAGGAUGCUGAAGAGGAUAAUGUUUGCAGCGUGUACACUGUGGGUGAAGCAAGGUCCCCUCCAAUCACAGUUGACGUCGUAGUGUUCGGUGUGCCCGUUACCUUUGAGGUUGACACAGGAUCGGCAUCCACGCUGAUGAAUGCCCGCACCUUCGAGGUGGUGAAGACUACAGGCGGCGACGACAGCCUUGAACUUCGGCGAUGCAGCGCCAGGCUUCGGACGUACACGGGUGAGCCCAUCCCGGUCGAAGGGGAGUUCAGUGCCGUCAUUCAUUACGGUGAGCAGCACCUGGAGCUUCCCGUCGUCGUGGUCGACACUGCAGGACCCAAUCUUCUGGGAAGGGACUGGAUGAAGUUCCUUCAGCUCGACUGGCAAACCAUCAAACAGGUCAGAGGUGAUCCUGGGCGGGGACAGUCAAUGGGUGCAGAGCUGCAGAAAAAGUACCGUGAUGUGUUUUCUGCUGAUCUAGGGUGCCUGAAAGACGUGGAGGUGAAGUUUGACGUCAAUGAGGAUGCAAAACCAUGUUUCUAUCGUCCACGGAACAUUCCCUAUGCCUUCAGGAAACGCGUGGAGGAGCAGCUGGACGCAGAGGUCGAGGCUGGGAUCCUCGAGCCAGUGCGCACUGCGGACUGGGCGUGCCAAAUCGUCCCGAUAGUGAAGCCCGACGGUAAAAUCCGCAUAUGCGGAAACUUCAAACAGACAGCUAACAAAGCCAUUCGAGUAGACAGACACCCCCUGCCCAAGGUCCAGGACAUGUUUGCCCAACUGGCUGGGGGAAAGGUGUUUGCCAAGCUAGACUUAAGCCGUGCAUAUCAACAGUUGAAAGUAGCAGAGGAGCACAGACACUUGCUGACAAUCAACACUCACCGUGGACUGUAUCGUUACCUGCGGCUACCGUACGGGAUAAACUCAGCUGUGGGAAUCUUUCAGCGUGAAAUGGAAAAGCUGCUGGCUGGCGUGCCAGGAGUCUUCAUCUUCCUCGACGACAUCCUGGUCUCUGGACGGGCUGAAGACGAGCUCGUGUCCCGUCUGGAGAAAGUGCUGCAACGACUCCAGGACUCCGGACUUCGGGGCGACGCCGCAUGCAACGACCGGGGAGUCUCCUGGCAAGCUGCUCAUCGGAUACAAGCCGGUCACCAGGUUCGAUAAACUGAAGCCGGACCUUCAAGGCUGCAUCGGCGCCCAGUCUGGAGACUGCUGAGGAGCUGGAGCACGGUGGCGACAUCUGCGGCGCCGAUGUCCCCGAUCGUCUGGCCGGCCGUUCCGCUACUGCUCCUGCUGCUGCUGCGGAGCCAGCUGAACCGCCUGCUGAGCGUCUGGAGUCGGCCAUCAACGGCACCGGGUCGACCUCUCCUGCUCGGCCGUCGACACUGAGACGAGAAGAGAGCGC